UCCUCGUCCUCAUCCUCCUCGCCACUUCGCCUCCCAUCUCUUUCUCUUUCGCUUUUGUUUAAUCGCAUCUCUCGCUGCAAGGUCACCAUCGCCACAACCUCCCAUCACCCUCCUGUCACCCCUUAUCGCCAGCUCGGAGCGCACCAAAAAACCCAGUCGUGUGACGCCCCAAGCUCAUCCACGAAAUCUCAUUUCCUCGCCGUUACGAUGGUCGUCACCCCGAACGUGCACGCGCUCGACCCUCAGACGCCCAUCUCUCCGCUCCUCAGCGCGCAGCGUACCCCUCAGAGCCCAGCGAUGAGUGCGCAGGGCUCAGGCUCCAUCCCCCGCCCGGUGCUCCGCAAGGGCUCGACGGGGAGCUUCUCCAAGCUCGCCGACUUUUGGCUGGACGGCUCCCCAUCUGUGCCCGGCACCCCGCAAGAGGGCCUCUCCAUUGUCAAGGGCAUCCCGCACGUCGACCUCAGCAUCGAUGCUAGCCAGUGGCGCCACCCCGUCUUCAAGCAGAAGGUGCUCGGCAUCCUGCGCCGUCUGAACGUGCCCCGCUGGACGCACCCGAGCCUCAAGGGGUCGAGCAUUCAUCUUCAGAAGGUGUCGGGCGCGCUCACCAACGCCGUCUUCUUUGUCUCGUUCAACCCCAACCCUGAGCCGACGAGCCCCAGCAUGUCCCCCAUGCUCACUCCCACGAUGCCCCCGAGCGACCCGGACCGCCCUCCUCAGAUUGUUCCGGGAGAGUUCCCCCAGACCUUGCUGCUCCGUGUAUACGGCGUGUCGUCCGACCAGCUGAUUUCGCGCGACGAGGAGCUGCGUAUCCUGCACGUCCUGAGCGAGACCUACGGUCUCGGGCCACGGAUGUACGGAACCUUCGGGAACGGGCGCGUUGAGCAGUUCUUCCCCUCGCGCGCCCUCGUGCCGGACGAGCUGCGCCAGCCGCUUAUUGCGCGCGGUAUCGCGCGCCGCAUGCGCGAGCUCCACUCUGUCGACCUUCGCCUCCUCGGGUACAAGCAAGGCAAGGAGACCGAGCCGUACUGCUGGAAGUGUGUGAACGACUGGGUUGAGCCUGCCCAGGAGAUCCUCUCGGCGCUCGAGGGCAUUGGAGGGAAGUGGGAGGUGUGGGUCGCCCAGUACGGCCUGCACAAGUUCCGCGAGGAGCUCGAGGCCUACCGCAAUUGGGUGACGGCGCAGCCUACCAAGGGCAAGGGCGUGGUGUUCUCUCACAACGACACGCAGUACGGCAAUCUCCUGCUUCUGGAUGCCGAGAUUCCACCCGGUGUGCCCCCUCACCACAAGUACAUUGUGAUCGACUUUGAGUAUGCCGCACCCAACUGCCGUGGCUACGACAUCGCGAACCACUUCCACGAGUGGCGCGCCAACUACCACGACCCUGUGGCGCCGCACCUUCUCCACGGCCACGGCGACUACCCGACCCUCGAGCAGCGCGAGGACUGGUACCGCGCGUACUUGAGUGUGCAGAUGUCGCAGGGCGAGGAGACGUUGUGCAAGCGUGCCGAGAUUGCCCAGGAGCGCGUCGACGCCCUCGAGCGCGAAGUGCGCAUCUGGAGCCCGGCAUGCGCGGCCAUGUGGAGCUUGUGGGGCAUCAUCUCGGCCGAGGAGCAGGUGCGCACGUACGUCGCCAACCCCGACGCGAAGGACGAGCUCGAGUUCGACUACCUCGAGUACGCGCUUGAGCGCCGCAAGAUGUUCAUCGACGAGGUCAAGACGCUUGGCGUGCCGCUUUAAGCGCUGCGGCGCGAGGGCAAAGAUGGACGAGAGCCACGACGGGCUAUUGACGGAACCCCUGCGCUCGCCUGGGACGGGCGGGCGCACACGACCGUGCACAUCACUGUGCACAUGCACGCUCAACGCGUGCCAAGCCUGUAUCAAGCGUAUCUUGUUCGGGUACCUAGACCUAGUGUCGCCAUCACCUGGCGGCGUAAUUUGUAGGCUGUGAUCUCGGCGCAUGUGUGAUACACGCGUGCCUCACGGGCGUUGGGAGAUCCAUACACCAAAAACAUUUAUAUAGAUCGUACGACUGGUAUGUAUCAUUCUGGGCACUGAA